CUUAUUAUAUAUGUCCCCGCAAAAAUCUCAUCUUUUUCCUUCUUCCUUCCUUCCUAUAUGUGCCAACAACAAACCAAAACCGUUCCUUUCUUUUUCCAUUUUUCUUGUUUUUUUUUGUUUUGUUUUUGGAGUUGUGUUUCACCUGUUGUUGGUUCUUUAGUUCGUCUUCUGGGUUAAACAAAGAAGAUCGGUUCUGUUUUUAUUUUUAUUUUGAAACAAGAAGAAGAAAGCAAGCUACGAUGAUGUUUCUUGCUGACGCCAAUAGAUAAAGACACGACUUUUACAAAGCUUAGGACCUGCAUUCUCACCGUAAUUAGCUCUUCUUCUCAAUUUCUCCAAAUAAAUUUGUGUGUUUUUAAUGUGUGUGUUGCAGGUUAUCAAAAAUGUCGAAUCUUUCUGCAAGAACAGGACGAGACCAUCAACGUUAUGACAACAACUUCCGUCUUGUUUCUGGAUGCAUUCCGUAUAGGCUGGUGAAAGAUGAAGAAGAGGACUCAACAAGUGUUGACUUUGAAAACAAGCUUCAAGUUCUUAUGAUUUCAUCUCCUAAUCGUCACGAUCUUGUCUUCCCAAAGGGAGGAUGGGAAGAUGAUGAAACUGUUCUUGAAGCUGCUUCUCGUGAAGCUAUGGAAGAAGCAGGAGUUAAAGGAAUACUAAGAGAAGAUCCAUUAGGAGUUUGGGAAUUUAGAAGUAAGAGUAGCAGUGUGGAAGCUGAUUGCUGCUUAGGUGGUGGAUGCAAAGGUUAUAUGUUUGCGUUAGAGGUGAAGGAAGAACUUGCGAUAUGGCCUGAGCAAGAUGACCGCGAGAGAAGAUGGCUGAAUGUAAAAGAAGCCUUGGAGCUGUGUCGGUAUGAGUGGAUGCAGAGCGCUCUUGAAGAGUUUCUACGAGUAAUGGCAGAAGAAGGAAGCACAAAGGAAGACUCUCUUGCCAUUUCCAGCAUUUCAAAUCGAGGAGAGCGUCAAAUUGAUCCUCGCUACUGCUUUGUAGUCUAACUAGUUUCGUUUCUCUAGGCGUAUCAAACCUCUCUCUCAAUUGUUAUAUAUUAUGGAAAGACUUCUUCUGUAAACAAAGUUAAAACAUGAGAAGCAAAUGCUUUCAGACCCUGUGACUUGAAUGUGUUUCUCAUAAGCAAAAGAUAUAUAGAGAUUAUAUUAACU